UCUAAUGAACAAGUUGUCAAUUAUGAAACAUGACAAAUCUAGGAGUGUGCGUGAGCACAUAAUGGAGAUGAGGGACAUUGCUGCACAACUUAAGUCCUUAGAAAUUGAGAUUUCAGAGUCAUUCCUUGUCCAUUUCAUACUCAAUUCUCUCCCAGUUGAAUAUGGACCAUUUAAGAUUUCUUACAACACACAUAAGGAAAAGUGGUCCAUUAAUGAACUUCUAACAAUGUGUGUACAAGAAGAGGAGAGGUUGAAACAUGAAAAUUUGGAGAGUGCACAUUUUGUGACUCAUAAAAAGGGCAAAGGGAAAAAGGGCAAAGGUGCUGAAAUUAAAUGGAAGAAGGAUGGGCAAGCAUCAUUCAAGCCUUAUGGAAAUAAAGAUGCAUGUUUCUUCUGUAAGAAAAAGGGGCACAAAAAGAAGGAUUGCCUAAAAUACAAAAAAUGGCUCGAGAAAAAAGGGAUUUCUCAGCCUAAGGAAACCGAUGGGAAGUGAACAAGGCAUCUAUUCAGGAAAUGG